UAAGAUCGAUACUGUAACGAGAGUGUAAUGACGUCACUCCGAGAAGUAUACGAUUGCACGUGGAUUAACUAGGGAGAAGGAUAGUGUAUUUUGAUAAAUAGGAAAAAUCUCCGGGUGAAAUGCGAGUAGAGAAGUGUUACUUCUGUUCUUCUCCUAUGUAUCCCGGACACGGGAUACAAUUCGUACGAAACGAUUGUAAGAUUUUCAGAUUCUGCAGGUCAAAAUGUCACAAACUUUUCAAGAGGAAGCGGAACCCGCGCAAGACCAGGUGGACAAAAGCCUUCAGGAAGGCCGCUGGCAAGGAACUGACCGUCGAUCCGGCCUUCGAAUUCGAGAAGAGAAGAAACAUUCCGACAAAAUAUAAUAGAGAACUCUGGCAGACCACACUGAAGACGAUGAAAAGAAUCGAAGAAAUUAAAGAGAGAAGAGAAGGACAAUUUAUAUUGAACAGAUUGCAGAAAGGAAAGGCUCUGGCAAAAGAGAAAGAUCUGAAGAUAAUUCAGAGAGACAUGGCUUUGAUUAAAUCACCAGCGGCAGCUACGGUCGCGGUCGCGCAGAUGGAAGUGGUGGAAGAAAGAAAGGAAACUCAGAUGGAAGAAAACUGACUUGUAUAAUAGAAACAAAAAUAAAAAUAAAUAUCUUAGAUUUUA